AUGAGUAAUAUAGAAUCCAGCGGACAAACACGUACAUUUUAUAAAGAAAUAGAUGAAAUGAAAGACGAAAAACUAUGGGAAAAUCUUGACAUUGUUUUUUGUCGUGAAGCUAUGGAAUUUCCAGAUAAUAAAAUUUAUGCAACUAUCAAGAUCGAACCUGAAUCAGCUCGGCGACUUAUUGAAAAAUUUUUUUUAAUUGUUAAUAAGUGUUAUCAAGUUGAAUUCGAUAGUUCUUAUCAAUAUAUAUCAGCAUCAGGUUUCGAUGUAAUAAAACAAGAGAAGCAAAUAGAUGUCAAAAUUCAAGCAAUUCCUCUCAAUAAAGAUUGGCGAAUAAAAGAAUCAAAGUCUUGCUCUUUUUUCUUUAAUGGUCAAAUUUUUGCUUUAAGUCCAAUAAUACGUUUUGAUCCCAAUAAAAACGAUCCUUCAACAUUUAAUGUUAUUAUUAAAUGGUAUCAUAUUGGUGAUCGUUACGCUCAAAAAUAUAUUGUCUGUUUAGACGAGAAAGAAAUUCAUUAUAUAAACCAAUCGUCAAUACAUCAAGAAAUGCUAAUUUGUAUACAUUAUCUUAAACCUGGUGAAAAGCAUACUGUUCAAAUUAUAGCAACACUUAAAAAUGGAAGAGUGACAUAUUCAUCAGAUCUUAUUAAUUUCACUGUGCCUAAUGAAAAAACUCAUCUACAAAAUCAUGAACUUAUAAAUAUAUAUGAUGAACCAGUUCCAUCACAUUUACUUGGUGUUAUUGUGAAAGAUGAAGAUAUGAAAAAGACUGCAUCGGGACCAGAACGCAAUCGAUUUAGAGAACGUGCAUUAGAACUUCUUCGAUUACUUCAAAAACAAACAGAAGCAAGAAGAAAACUCUAA